AUGCUGUGGUGGUGGGGCGAGAACAGCGAUCAUUGCACCAACGACCUGAACGUCGGCUUCGCCAACUGUUUCUACGACCUGACCUGGGACGGCAACUCGAACUGCUCCGACCUAUCCUCGAACUGGUACUGCGCGGAGCCGAACAUCACCUACUUCUCCGGGGCGAACCAGACCCUCGACUUCUACGUCGCCUGGAACAUUUACAACUACGCCACCUGGUCCUUCGCCUACUACACCGCCAUGCAGUACGCGUACAGCUACACGACGGCCAUGAUCUGGAACGACACACUCGCCUUCGAGCAAAUCAAAGGCUCCUUCCCACUCGGAGAGGAGAUUCUGCUCGGCGUCUUGACGUUCGCCCUCGGCGUCAUCAGCCCCAGCGGCUGGGGCAAGACCUUACCCGGAGAAGGAGGGGCCGUCGCCGUGAAUAACGUGGUUGAAGAGGGAGCGAACGCAGCUGCAGAAUCCGCGCGAAUGAGCGCCUGGAUUCUGUCCAAGAUGUUUACCCCCGAGGUACCUGGCGAGUACCUCCUGCGCGCGGGCCAGCAAACGCCAGGUAUUAUUCACACGAUCCUGGUGCCGGCGGAGUCCGGAACCAUCAACGCCGCCAUCAUGACCUCGGCCGGACUGACGGCGCAACUGGCGAAUUUCGCCCAAGCGCUGUCGCAGAUAAUUGAAGACGUGGCGGUCGAUGUACCGGACAACGUCACCGCCUUCGCCGAGUGGACAGCCGGAGGCUACUAUUUCGUUGAGCCGCUCAUGACGGAGCAAGACAUGGUGAGCUACAUCAAAUGGGGUCUCAACACGUACGUCCUGUCGCAAAUCCUGCAAAACGACAACGUCUUCAUCACGCGGCAAGUCGACACGAACCCGUACGACCUCCAACACAACGCGAGCGCCAACACUUUGUCGAAGCCGAGCAUCAUAGGCUGCGAGUACGGGUACAACGACUGGAACCAAUGCGGCGCCUUCUGGUGGGACUCGACGAACAACGUCGCCUACGCGCUCUCCUCCGCGAACGACAUCUGGAACAACUACUCCUCCGACCUGACCACCGUUUUCAACAACAACCUCACGACGCCUGAGCUCCUGUUCCUCGGCUCGCAAGCAUGCCAGGACGGCUACAACGCCACGGCCGACGCCUCGCCCUUUCAGAAUGCCGCCAGCGGGCUCGUGGGCCAGGACACGGCCUGUUUGAGCAACCUGGCCGUUUGCACGUGGAACCUGGCGAAUGAUACUUGGGAAUUUGUUGAGCCAUGGUGCAACACAGGUGGCUACUUUCAACCCGACUACGAUUUUAAUGACUGUGCGGGCGACGGGGUGGAUGUGGCGAUAGGGUAUCUUGGGUGGUAUUUGUGGAAUGCCGCGAGUUGUGAAAGUGAAGAGUAG